GAGCGGGUCACUUGUGAAGAUGUCAGCGAUCGCCAUACGCGCCAUGAAAAUGGAGGAUUUCGACGAGGUUGAGACCUUCCUCGCCGAGCACUUCUUCAAGCACGAGCCGCUGAUGCUGAUCCCCCAGGAGGACGCCGCGCAGAGCGAAGUGGUUCAGCCGGAGGCGGAGCUGCACCGCUCGCUCAUUCCCCAGAAUCUCUCCUUGGUGGCCGUCGCCGAGGGGCGCAUUGUGGGCGUGGCCCUGGCCGGUGAACUGGUGCCCGAGGAUUUGGAAAGGGAGUUCCAGGAGGUCGAGGCGAAGGAGGUCAAGUGCCUGCUGGACAAAAUUCACAAGUUCCUGGCCGGGAUCGAGCGGCAGGCCAACAUCUUCGCGCACUUCGGUGUGGAGCGGGCCCUCUACCUUUAUAUGCUGGGCGUGGACUCCUCGGUUCGUCGUCAGCGACUGGGAUCGCGUCUGGUGGCCGCCACCAUCGAGCUGGGUCGCCAGCGGGGCUUCCCCGUGGUGACCUCCACCUGCACCAACAUGCACUCCCGCCGCCUCAUGACCGGCCUCCACAUGGAGUGCGUCCUGACGAAGGACUACGCGGAGUACAAAGACGAGCAUGGCGAGAUUCUCCUUCCUGCCCUCGAACCCCACACCUCCGCCGCUGUCGUGGGCAUCCGACUUUAAUGGCAGGGGUAAUCACCAAAGAAAAUUCAUAGCUAAGUAAGCAAAUUUAUUGGAAUAAAGCAUAGUUAAAGAGCAA